AUGCCACCUCCACAGCCGAUCAGGAUCCGGAGCUUCCUUUCAGAGCAGAGCGACGGCCUGUUGGAGGCCAAACGAGAACGGCUGGACGCAGCGGUGCAGGAAGCAGUGAGGACGGUGUCUUCCUUACUGUCAGUGCACGGCCCCCUGCGGCUCAGCAGAGACGUCAGUAAAUACUGCAAGUUCCUUUGGAAGAAUUCAAGUGCCAUCAACUAUAACAGAUGUGGCAGAGCAAACAGCAGCUACAGAGCUGAGACUUGUCUGGAUGUGAUCAUCCCCGAUGACCACCUGGAUGGAUGUGAUAUUUACCCACAGCCGGACUCUCCUCUCAGGACCGUCCUCAGGCCUGAAGGCGCCGGACUCCCCGACACCGACUUCCUGCUGUACGUCCUCGUCCGGGCCACCGAUAAGUGCCGAGCCGAGCCCGGAGUGCUGGCCUAUGCCGCCCACUGCCGGACUGACCACCGGGGCCGCCCGCUGGCCGGCGUGGCGGUCAUCUGCAGGGAGACCCUGAGGGGGGCGGCGUACCGUCACCCCGCCGCGGUGCAGACGGUGAUCCACGAGCUCCUCCACACCCUGGGAUUCUCUAAAGACCUCUUCAGCACGUGGAGACGCUGCUCGGCCUCGUCUCACGAUGCGGCAGGAUGUUCUCCUCGAGGUAAGGUCACUCACUCUGACGGGCGGGGUCAGAUCCGGGUCUACACCCCGGCCGUGGUCUCGGCCCUGCAGACCCACCUGCAGUCUGCUGACCCUGGUCUGGGAGCUCCGCUGGAGAACCAGGGAGCCCCCCUGGGUGGGGCGUCCUCCCACUGGGAGGCCCGGGUCCUGCAGGGCUCCAUCAUGGCGGCGGCUCUGGGCCACUGGGCCACGGUGCGGAUCGACCCCGUCACCCUGGCCGCGCUGCAGGACAGCGGCUGGUACCGAGUCGACCCGAGCCGAGCCCAGAGCCUGGUGUGGGGCCGCGGUGAAGGUUCGUCGUUUGGCUCAGUGCUCAAGUGUAACUCCUCGUCCUUCUUCUGCACCGGCAGCGGACUCGGGUGUCAUUUCCUUCACCUCCACAAGGGGGCGUGCCAGACUGAUCAAUACCUGGAGGGAUGCAGGCUGUACAAACCUUUGACUAAUGGGAGUGAAUGUUUCAUUGAAGAAAACAGCAGGUUUCCAGACGUGGACCACCUGAGAGGGGAGCUCUUCGGCCCUGACAGCAGAUGUUUCUUCUCCAGUCUCAUCAGACGGUCCGUCCCCUCCUGUCAGCCUCAGCCUGGGGGUCCCGGUGCCUCGGUGGAGGGUCUCUGUUACAGACACAGGUGCACAGGGCCGAACAGGUUCCAGAUCCAGGUGUCUGGAUCAGGAUGGGUCAACUGUCCAGCAGGGGGAAGCAUUCAGGUCAAAGGGUACCAGGGGUCAGUUUCCUGCCCUGACCGGAGGUUGUGUCUGCACAGUGAUGUCUUCCCUCUUUCAGGAGACGUUAACCCUUUCUCCUCUUCUAACACAAGGCGGCAGUGA